UCAUAACUGAUGCUUGAUGCUGCAUAUGUUAACUCAUCUUCAGAUUGAGAUGGACGAUUUCUUUGACGAUUUGCAGCAGACUCCCCGCAACAACAUCUCUUCGUCUGAGAGUAAACCAGAAUCAGAGAAUAUGAACAGUCAGGAUGCAUCUCAAUCACAAGGUACAAGUGUAAUCACAAAUAGCGAAGGCCUUCAUAGUGAAAUUACAAAUGUAGACGAGAAGUCCUUGAAACGGGAGGACUGUAAAGUGAAAGACAUCAAUGCUAUCAAAGAGAUGCUGAGUGAAAUGGGGGUGACGCAUUAUGAACCAGAAGUAGUGGACGGUUUGUUGGAAUACGCCUAUAAAUUCAUGCACAGUGUGGUGGACGAUGCUAGAUUGUACAGCAGACACGCGAAGAAGACUGAAGUAGAUGUGAGUGAUGUGAAGUUGGCGCUUCAGUUGAGAGCAGGUCAGGAUGUGGUGCAGCCGAUUCCACGGGAACUGAUGGCUGAGGUGGCGAAAAAGAAGAAUGCUGUGCCCUUGCCACAGGUCAAAAGUGGAGUGGGGUUGCGGCUGCCAACGGACAGAUAUUGUCUCACACAGCCGAACUAUAAAUUGAAACCAUCCACAAGUCUCUCGGCAGGUCGUGGUGAGCUAACCAAACCAUACAGCCGACAACAGCAAUUCAGACAACAAUCUCAAUCUACCAACUCAGAGUACGCAAAAUCAUACCGCCCAAUGAAUUUCCAGUCGCCCCACAAACCCAUGACUAAUCAGACUGUCAAUGUUACUCCACAGACACGUCAUCAGUUUAUAAACAGUAAUACAAACUUGAGUCUAAAUCAGUCCCCACACCAGAUUGUCACUACAGUUGUGCAAAGGCCUUCUUCUCAACAUCAACAAUUGGUUCAGAGCCAACCAGUGCAUUUUCAACAGCAUAUGUCGGGCUAUGCGGGCAAUAACCCAAGAUGAAGUAAUGAACUGAUUGAAAACUAUAUUUAUGAAAAUUGAUUUUUUGAACAUAGCUACAAUGAACAUUUUUGAAGUUUAUUUUUUUUGCUUUUA